AUGCUAAGAGGCGUUGGCAAAUCUUUAAAGCCCCGAUUAAGUCGACGAAAUGAACAGCUCGUAGCGCUCUUUACACGCUCUUUCACAACCGACGACAAGCCCAGCUUCCGAACAAGACCAGCUUUUCGAGCAAACGCUGGUCCAGCAUACACCUUUGGUCUACGGCCUCCAGAAAAGAAGCCAUGGAGUGCGGCAGACGAACGGUUUGAUAAAUCUCCUACUCCACGGUUUGGCGAUACAGUCGAGGUCAAGGAGGUCCGACUUGAGGACAAGGAUGUCGCUCCGCAUCUGCAACAGCAGGAAAGUGACGAGGAAAAGGUUCCAGCUGGUGCAAAACCAGCCAUUCUUGUCUCAAAUCUUCGUCCCCACACCCAAAGAGUACACCUAUUGGAACUCUGUCGGAGUGCGGGGCUCCUGCUUCUCGAAAUUGCAUCCCCAACAGGACAGCCGACAGCCUGCCAAUUCAGGUUUGACACCGCUCGUGAUGCAGUUAAACUUAUCCAAUACCUUGAAGAGGGUGGCUUUUGUGAAGGACCCGUAGACUAUGUGUUCACAAAUCCCGUUGUUCACGAAUCUUCGCGGUUCCUUAUCGUUCGAAACUAUCAAGACACCACAGAAACGCUGAAAGGAAUUAUAAAAGGUCAAGGAAAUGUCGCUUUGCAUCUAAUUCAAGCAGAAACCAGGGCGGGGAAGCGGCGCGUCGAUGCUUAUCUCGGCUUCAAAGAUAUCUCACGUGCUGUUGCGGCCAAGGUCGCGCUUGAAAAGGCAGAAUUCACCGGCAAGGAUGCGGCUUCCAUUCGAUUUGUACUACAGGAGAUCUACUAUAGUGCCACCGAGCAGCCGAGGCCAAACUAUACAGAAGAACAGCUAAAAAAGCCUCCUGUACUUGACAGAUCAGAUACCCCUGGUCUUCCAGCUAUCCCUCGAGGGCCCUAUCCCACCAUUUUCCUCGGCAAUGUACCCGUGGAGCUCCUCCAAGAUAAAGAGGCAGUCAUAAAGCGAUUCAGUGUCUAUGGUCCUCUAAAUGAAGUUCGUAUUCCGAUGGAAGAUGGGAAAGCGCGCGGCAUGGUCUACCUUGAGUUUAGUCGACAGGAAGAUGCAGAUGUAUUACAUCAUGAUCUCGUCACCGCACCACUGUUUCUCUACGGUCGAAAGAUCCGUGUCGACUACGCAGAGAACAAGUCACGUUCAAAGGCAGCGUUUUCGGUUCCGCAACAAUCGUUGAACAGUCGGUCGGUCUAUAUCGAUGGUAUCUUACCAGAGGUGGGCGCCCGUCGACUUGAUCUAUAUCGCACGCUACGGUCAUUUGGCGAGGUGGUUGAUAUGCGAGCCAGUGAGCAAUUUUUCUUCACGCCUUCUGUCGUGCCGUCUUCUUUGGCUGACGAGUCUGGUAUAGUGCGCAUUAAUGGAGAGAUCACUCAAGUGUUCAUCGACUAUCUCGACCCGGAAGGCGCGUCUGCGCUCAUUGCUGCGGCAAACAGCGGAGAACUGCAAUCUCUCGGGCCAGAUAUAAUCACUGCACCAGCAAGUCAUAUGAAGAGCCCUCUGUGGCUGAAUAUGGACUAUGAACCCACGGAUGUUCUGCGUGUGUGGAAUGUUCCCGUUAGAGCGCUUUGGUCGGACGAUAUGCUCCGUGAAGCGUUCGAUUUCAACGGCGGGCUCAUUCACGUUCGAAGACGUGAGUCCAUUUCCGUUCACGUCUUACUUCCCCAAUUAUCUCCCUUCAACCUCACCUUUGGUUGA